AUGGAACCUCUGAUUACCUUGCCGGCGAUCGAGCUGAACUCUUCAGAUAGGCCACCGGACCUCAGUCAACCUUUACCGGGAAACAGGGAGGCGACCCCAUCCUCCGGCGCCAUCCCCGUGACCGAUCUCUCGAAUACCUCAGCAUCGUUGAACGUGACGGGAAUGGCGGUAGAUCCUUCCCCGGAGGAGACUGCUCCGCCUCACCAGACACCGGCCAGGCCACAUCCUACGCCAGCGCCGUGA